GAUUCGCAAACGUGACCAAAACUGCCCGUACAGUCUCUAUAUUGCUGACUUAUCUCCCGUGUCUCGUCAAAUCGCUCUUUAACGUGUUUGAGAGAGGGUAGCAGCGGAAGGAAGAGGAGGUGACUUCACGGGAAUGAGACGCAGCCUUUAUCCCAGCAUCCUUAGCGGCGGGCGAAAGAAAACGUAAACGGCCAUGUCGUGGUAGAAGUCAGUCCUGAAGCGAGCGAGGCUUACUCACGUUGUCAUUUACUAAUCUCUGUAAUGUAGUCUGAGAACUACGACUCCGAAAGUAACACGCCCGACCUCUUGUUUGACAGUUUACCGAUUCCGCUUAAAUUCGUGCGUUAUUCAAGGCAGAAGGCCAACAUGAGUGGAGGAGGGACGCCGUACAUCGGCAGCAAAAUUAGCCUAAUCUCCAAGGCCGAGAUUCGCUAUGAAGGAAUUUUGUACACCAUUGACACUGAAAACUCGACAGUAGCUCUUGCAAAAGUUCGCUCUUUUGGCACUGAGGACCGGCCCACUGACAGGCCUGUUCCACCUCGGGAGGAAGUGUUUGAGUACAUCAUCUUCAGAGGGAGUGACAUAAAGGACCUUACAGUAUGUGAGCCACCCAAAGCCACUAGCUCCCUGCCUCAGGACCCUGCUAUAGUUCAAUCGUCACUUGGAUCAAGCAAUGCUGCAGCAGGACCGUCCUUCCAGUCGGUCGGGCCCUAUGCAGCGCUCAGCAAGGGCCCCGUCCCACCAUACAGCCAGUUUGGUGUCGCACCCCUUGCAGCGCAGCAGUUCGGUUCUGUCGUUGCCGGAGGGCGCAUCAGUCCUCAGCUGGACUCUUUAACGAAACGUCCCACCCUGGAGCAGGCAGGGAAGGCCCCGCCGUCAGCUGCCCCGGCACCACCUGCCCCCGUGGGUCAGAGGAGCCAGAUGGGGGUGGCAGCUCCCAGACCCACCGGCCCCCCCGGUGGCAGCCAGCGGCCCCCCGACCUCCUGGAGCAGAGAAGGGCUCCUGAGGUCCAGAAGGUGUCACAGCCAGAUCAUGAACACGGCGCUCUUGAAAACCGAGAUCCCAACAAGCGCCACGGCGGUUAUUUGUCAGCUGGUGCUCAGCCCCCGCGUCGGGGCCGCGGACGAGGAAACCGCAGCAGAGGCAAAGUCAACGUGCGCAGAGAUGGAGCCGUGACCUUUGAGGAAGACUUUGACUUUGAGACGGCCAACGCCCAGUUCAACAAAGACGAGAUCGACAAAGAACUCCAGAACAAGCUCAAAUUGAAAGAUGACAAGAUUGAAAAGGCACUGAAUGGAGAAGAACCUGCUGAGUCUGAACGUCCAGCCAACGAGGGGACCAACGAGGAGGAGGAGGCUGCGAUAAACACCUACUAUGACAAGACCAAGUCCUUCUUUGAUAACCUCUCCGCUGAUGAUUUAAGUAAAGGGGGUGAAAGAGGGUUUUCAAGGGAGCGAAGGACAACCUGGGCAGAAGAGAGACGAAUGAAUGCCGAGACAUUUGGCAUCCCUCUGAGGCACAAUCGAGGAAGAGGAGGUUUCCGCGGCCGGGGCUUUAUGGGGCCCCGCGGAGGCCGAGGGCGGUCGCUGAGCAGAGGCUCCUUCGGGCCCCCCCGAGGCCCUCCACCUGGUUUCAGAGGCGGAUUCAGAGGCGGCAGAGGAGGCCGGGAUUUCUCUGACUUUGAAUAUAGGAAGGACAACAAGGUGGCUGCAUAGUACGACGGGUCCUCAAAGAAUUGAAGCCCCUCAUCAUGAAAUGAUUCCUGUUGAAGAAAUUCUUUGGUCUCGACGUUUGACAGACAGAAUGAAGACAUCCCCUCAGCGGCUGACUGCUUUACAUCUGGGGAGGGGGAGGGGGGUGAGAGUGCAGCUCCCUUUUCUCCACUUUUGAGAAUUAGGCUUUUUUUUAUUUGUUUUUGUUUAAUUUUUUGGGCUCAGACAUGUUUGAUACACAGCCACCAGAUGGACAAGAACCUGUGUAAAUAUUACUUGGGAGUGAGUCUGUAUUUUUGCAUUGAUCCAGUUCAUUUCUUACUGAAGUUGUCUUUGAUAUUGAAAACGCCGUAUGCGGGGGGAAGCCCACCGAUACUGUGAGCGGAUCACAGGUCAUGUGAUCAAUAGCUUUAUUUUUUUAGUUUGUUUUUGUUUUUUUUUAAUCUCACGAUUUGUGGCGCCACCAAAAUUCAGUGCGUUGCCGGUUACACCAUAGUUUUCUCUGCUCAGACUUAACUUUAGUUUUGUUGCCACGUGUUCAGUAUUUUUACCCAGAAUGCAGGAAAAGGUUGCUUUUGUUUUUUCUGGACAUCCAUUCAUUUUCAUUGAAGUAGUGAGAUCGAAGCCAGCUGAUGGAAAAUAAAUCUGAACUGAAUAUUGUAAUGAAUGAAUGUAUAUCUAGCGUAUCUUCUACUUACUGCCCCCCUCAGCAAACUGUGGCUCAAACUUUCACUUUUAGUUUUUAGAAUGGUUCAUUCAGUAUUUAGAAUUGCGUAGAUCAUACCUAGACAUCGUGCCACUUCUGAUGAUGUAUUUUUCUGUUUGUGGCCGGCGCUGCACGCCUGUUAAUGGCGACCAAUAGGAGCCGGCCAUCUGAUUUGCUAUUUGGGGUUUACAGCGUUAGCUUUAGUAUUUUUUAUUUUUUUUGUCGCCCGUAGAUUUCUUGACCGGAUCCGUUUUUCUUUCUUUCUUUUUUUAACAUAGUUGACUAAACAAAGAGCAUUCCCUUGAUUUGUGUCUGUUACUGUUAAUGCCUUUAGAAGUUCUUAGGUAAGGAAAACCUUCAGUAUAUUCAGUUUCAACCUGCAGUCAGAAUGACUUUGAACACGUUAAAUUUGGAUAAAAAAAGAAGAAAUGCAUCGCUAUUUUGCCAAAAAGAAUUAUGUCAGCAUUUGGUCGAUACCUGUUAAAUCUGCCUUCCUGUGUCCAAAACGUACUGAGCCACGUGUUAAGGCAUUUUCUUUGGGGGGGUUAUCCGCAUUAGGGUUGGGCGAUUUGACACAAUUGUCAUUAUAUUUUGAUAAUUGAAUGGCCGGCCUCCGAAGAACGAGAGUGAAUAUUUUGCCCGUUGUUGGGCGGACACAUCACCAACCCUAAUCCGCAUCCUUUUUAUUGUCUUACACUCGUGUCAUCUGCAUGUCGGGGGGGCUUUUUCACUGCAAAACUGUGCUUGCAGUGUUUACUGAAAAUGGGGGGGGGAAAUCCUGUAUAUGAUUAAAUGAUGUCUCAAAAAGUAUGUUUAAUAAUUCUGCCCUCUGGCUUGUUUGUAGCUCCUCUUGUUGCAUUGUUGUCAAUGGAAUUGUUCUCUGGAGUGUUUUCCUUUUUUCUUUUUAUAUACAGAGUUGUGAACAAAGGGACAUGACCUGGAUGUGGUGCCAGUGUGAAGAUGUUUGCUCUGAUUUGUUAGUACUUUUAGGGAGUGCCUUCAGAGUGAUGAUUUCUUACAGCUCUCCCUUUUAACUUAAAAGUCGACACAAGUUCUGACAGCACUACGAGGCGAGGCUGGAUUCUUUUUUUCCCCCGGUAGCGGCGGCCGUUUUGAAAACCAAGCGGCUCGCGUGAGAAGAUGUGCUGUGGCGCUGCAUAUUGCACAGGUUGCCGAUCACUGCAUGACAAGCCGUAGAAAUCAUCACUUCACACAGGCUUAUUUUUCUUUCUUCUCGCAAUAACCAGCGAGAUUAAAUUUGAGACAAAAAAAGAAGUAUUGACUAUUACAAACUGACAUGUUUUCAUAUGUUUGUUACUCCUUCCAGUCACUGGAAUUGUAAACCGAUAAUUGUUUUCAUGAGAAUUGCAGCAAAAUUGAGUUUUUACGUAAAAUAAAGAGUUGUACAAUA